AACUCACAGAGAUGACAAUGGCGUUACUGGUUUAUACACUCGGGCUAAUUGCGGUGGCUGUUUUUCUUGCUUUGCUGACUUACGUCUCAUACGAGCUGCUCAGCGGGUAUUUGUAUAAAUGGUAUGAGAUGAAGCCGAUUCCUGGAGUUGCUGGUGCUUACCCUAUCAUAGGGCAUGCUCUGCAGUUCAAAGCCAAUGCAGGAGAUUUCUUCGCUCAGAUCAUAGAGGGCACAAAUGAGUUCAGACAUUUGCCUCUGCUGAAGAUAUGGAUAGGGCCAGUACCUUUCAUUGUCUUAUUUCAUGCAGAGACUAUUGAGGUGGUGCUGAACAACCCAAAGCACUUGGAUAAAUCAUUUGCCUACAGGUUCCUGUACCCCUGGCUGGGAACUGGUCUUCUGACUAGUACAGGUGACAAAUGGCGCAGACGGCGGAGGAUGUUGACCCCGACUUUUCACUUCUCCAUACUGACCGAGUUCCUCGAAGUAAUGAACGAGCAGGCGGAGGUUCUGACCGAGAAACUGGAGAAGCAGGCGGGAAGAGGAUCGUUUAACUGUUUUAGUUUCGUCACACUCUGCGCGCUGGACAUCAUAUGCGAAACUGCUAUGGGUAAGAAAAUCUACGCACAGAAUAACUCUGACUCCGAGUAUGUUCAAAGUGUAUACAAGAUGAGCGAUAUCGUCACCCGUAGGCAGAGGACACCGUGGUUUUGGCCAGAUUUUAUCUACUAUUUUCUGGGAGAGGGAAAAGAGCACAACAGAAGACUGGAGAUCCUGCAUUCCUUCACUGAGAGUAGCGAAACUGAGCAGUGGUGUAAGGACGUGACCUUGCAGGUAAUCAGGGAGAGAGCAGAGUCCAUGAGCCACGCCGACUCUGAUGGGGAAUCCAAACACGGCGCGAGGAAGAGGAGAGCCUUCCUGGACAUGCUUCUGGAGAGCACAGACGAGGAAGGGCACAGUCUCAGCCACAGAGACAUUCAGGAGGAGGUGGACACCUUCAUGUUCGAGGGCCAUGACACCACAGCAGCCUCGUUGAACUGGACCCUUUACCUUCUGGGCUCUCACCCAGAAGAACAGAGAAAGGUCUGGCAGGAGCUCCAGGAGGUGUUCGGGUCGUCGGAGCGGCCGGUGACCAUGGAAGACCUGCGCGGGCUGCGCUACUUGGAGUGCGUGGUGAAGGAGAGCCUGCGCAUCUUUCCCUCCGUCCCGCUGUUCGCACGACGCGUCUGCGAAGACUGCCGCAUCAAUGGCUUCAGAGUUCCCGAAGGAGUCAACGCGGUCAUCAUACCAUAUGCUUUGCACCGAGACCCACGAUACUUCCCUGACCCGGAAGAGUUCCGGCCGGAGCGCUUCUUGCCGGAGAAUUCUGCAGGGAGAAAUCCAUUUGCUUUCAUUCCGUUCUCCGCAGGAAUGAGGAAUUGCAUCGGUCAGCGCUUCGCUCUGAUGGAGGAGAAGGUGGUCCUGGCGUGGAUAUUACGCCGCUUCGCCGUGGAGUCCUGUCAGAACCGGGAUGACCUACGACCCCUGGGAGAGCUGAUACUGCGCCCGGAGAAGGGCAUCUGGAUCAAACUGGAGCAGAGAACACGCUAGAAACCUGCACAGCCGAUGCAAAGCCCCCCCUCUCUAUGACAAAAAACCCCACAUCCUUUCGUGUUUCCUAGAGCUUUUAUUCGCUAAUCUCACCAGCCCUGUUACAGCUGCCUCAUGCUUGUUUAUACUUGGGACACUGAAUUCUAGUCUCCCAUAUAUUUUUUGCACAUCACAGUGGACUUCACUGGUACCGCAUAACUACCGGAAAAUAGCUCCUUAAUUGCGGAACGAGAUUAUGAAUGUCUCAGUUGAACAAAACUGACUGUCACAAAUAGUGCCUGUUGAAAUUGAUGGGGAAUGUAACCAGUGGUUUCUCGAAUGUAAGAGGUUUUUUCCUAGUAGCCAUGUGGCUCAGGACCAAUGGCACAAAUUGGUUGGAAUCAGUGAAAUAGAGCAGCAAUAACAGGAAAUGGUGCGAGAAAUAAACGCACUAUAUCUAUUACCAAUGAUUUAUGAGAGAGUAUGGCACUGUGAAAUUGAGAAACCCCAACCAAACAAAUCCUGGAAAAUCACAAAACCUUAUCAUAUCAGGGAAGUUGUUCCAACAGCCUUUUCUGCAGCUUCAGUAGGCCCCUCUGUGUGUCAAUAUUGGAUUUAAUGGGUUGAAUGGUUUGAAUGGAUUGAAUGGAUUGGAUGGAUUGAAUGGAUUGUAUGAGAACUUCACAAAUCAGCUUAGACAUUUGGAAGCUUGGGACAGAGUGGAACCGUGGUUUUAUGGCAUAUUUCAUGUCAGGUUCCCCCAGCUUUUUAUGGACACAGAAAGAACUGACAUCAGUUCUCUCAAUACUUAACUGCAAGGCUGUGAAUAAAAAUAAAAUAUGUUUCCACCCCCACGCUCCAGAAUUAGUUUUAAACCUUGAAUAAAUUUGACCAGUAAGACUAUAACCUGCUGAAAAAAAAACCAGCAGCUGGUAGCUGGUUGACCAGUUAAGGCCAGCUCCCAGCUCAACAUGGUUUUGUAAGUUGACCAUGACCAGUUCAGCUCCCAGCUUGACAUGAUGUUACCAGUUCAAGCUAUGUUUUGACCAGCUGCCAGUUCAGAUAAGCUACCAGCAUACCCAGCUAGACCAGCUUCAUAACGCUUCACCAUGCUGGUUGACCAGCUCAUACCCAUGUAGACCAGCUUCAUGACCAGCUUGGUCAUGCUGGUUGACCAGCUCAUAUGCAACUAGAUCAGCUUAUGACCAGCUCAGUUUUCAAGUUGGUCUCCCUGGUAUAGCUGGACUUUACAGCAUGGUAUGGCAUGCUGUAUCAGUGAUCACACAACGGUGAUCCAAUGAUUUUUUUAUGUUUAGUAAAUUGCUUAUCUAAAUAAUUAAUUUGAGCGAACACCUCAUGGAGCA